AAAUGGCGCUUUUGCCAUGCGCAGCACUUUUUGAAUACGACUCCACAAAAGUUUACGCAGGCCCUGAUUGGCCCUGAUUAUGUGCUUCCCUUUGCCUUCAGUUCGGUAAAAUAAAGCCGAUGCGUGCCCAUUUUACUGUUGGUGUUGGUUGGUAUUACAUUUCUCCAUUGUGUUAUUGGGUUUUCAUCAAUUUUCAUCAGUUUCCAUUGAAGUCCAGUGAAGUUGUAUUUGUAUCUGGUCCCUGAUUUCAUCUUGAGUAUAAUAAUACUAAAUAAAAUCAAAUUGCUAUUGAUUUGCAAUAAAUAUAAUAAAAAUGUCUCAUAAAACCCUGUAUUAUACUUGGGAUUUGUUUUAUAGAACUGAGAAACAUGUUGUCAAAAGCAAAGAAGAAGUGCUUAUCUGCUUUGUGCAUUUUAUAUUAAUUACCAAUGGGUUCCGGUGUAUUGGCUUGGGGGACUCCAAAUCAUUUGAAGGCAAUGAACCAAAGAGCAGAAAACUCCCAAUCGGAUGGAAUGAUGUGUUGCAAAUGCGCUAUGAGCAUGAGGGAAAGCUGUACCUGUUUCUAGUAACAAAAUUGGAUGAAAAAAGGAUCUUGAUAAACUUGAUUAGACCGCAUGAUAAGAGUGUGAGUUUGAUUGAAUUGAAAACAUGCUCUGUAAGAAACAUGUCUGGAAUAUUGGAUAGACUUAUACCAAGUUAUAAAGAGCUCAAUGAAUAUGUGGUGGAACAGUUCAUUGACAAAAUGAAGAGCAGCAAAAAAACUAAAGAUGCAACAUGCCAGACUGAUGUAUCACUAAUGGGUCCUGUUGGGAGGUGCCAAUUAAAUUUUAUGUGCACAAGGCCCGGUGGUUGGCAGUAUACUGCAGAGGAUGUUGAAAGGUUCAACAUUCGUCGACUUAUCACUAGAGUCCCUAGAGCCCGUCCUCUCAGGAAUCUAAACGUGGACUAGAUCCUGUUUAAUUUUUGUAUU